AUGCGUCUCCCUCCUCGUCGUGUUUCGACGUCAAGUAAGCGCAAGGAGAGGGAAGGUUUUGAUUCCCUGAAACCGUUUCCACCACCACCGCCACCAACAACACCAACAAAAUUAGCCAAGCCCAGCAUAGCUCAAGUCGGCGCGGGUAAACCAUCUGACCCGGUUCCAUCUAAUAAGCUCUUAGCCGGGUAUUUAGCGCACGAAUACCUCACUAAGGGAACAUUACUUGGUCAACCGUGGGACCCGGCUCGAGCCGAAGAAGUAGCCGUGGAGUCGAAGAAGAUUAAGCCGAGCCAAAUUGGGAAGGAAGAAGAAGCCGAGCCGAAUAAGGAAAAUUACAAAAGGUACGUGGAGGUAUCAAGUUUGUUGAAGGCGGAAGGGGCCCACAUUUCUGGAGUUGUCAACCCAAGCCAGCUCGCUCGCUUCUUGCAGAUGUGA